AUGCUUUUGAAGCUAUUGGGCAAUUUGAAGGCGAUAAAAGCCAAAUCUGACAAAAAUCAUGAGCUACAUGUCACUAAUAAUAAUGAAAAUUUGCAAAAUAACGUGAAUAAUCCAAGAAAUGUUAACGAUGCUAAAAGUUAUAUUGCUAAUAGGCCUAAAAUUAAUUUUACUUAUAAAAGAAGAAAUAAACAAUUGGUUCCGAUAAACAGUGAAUCUGAAUAUGAGCCGGGAGAAAAUUCUGAGCAAGACGCGAAUAAUUUUGAAAACCACAAUGAAUACGAAAAUGUAAACACGGAGGAAACAUUGACUGAGAAUAAUGAUAAUUACACUGAUAAUGAACGCAACUUUUUACAGAUUGUAGAAUAUACUAAUGAUCUAUGUGAACCCGUACCAUUAGAGAUUGAUUAUUCUGGGUCCAUCUAUAAACUUGAAUACGGGCAAUCCAAUGACGGCCAAGCUCCAGGUACAUCUUAUCAAGAAAAUGUGAACGCCGAUCAGUUUCCAAGUACAUCUUAUCGAGCAAAUUCGGCGAAAGGAAAACAUAGCAAAACUGAAUUGAGGUUAUAA